AUGCUAGCUGUUACGACCAUCCCCAUGCUGCUGCCCUUCUGGAUCUGCGCAGUAGACUGCGCCGAGAACCGAACGGAGGUGGAAACAGUCUCUGGCACUGUUGUGCUGAAGGAGGGAACCAGUAUGCUGAUCGAGUGUAACGUGACUGGGGUCCGCGGUGACGUCAGAUGGUACGGCCCCGGUGGACGACUGCUGUUCGAGGAACCGAGCGGAAAGUGGAUUAUCGAGGAAACAGGGCAACUCAACAUUACCACUGUCUCCUUUGAGGACCGUGGUCGCUACAUGUGCGUUUCAGACGGUGGCAACUACAGUGUCACUGUGCGCGUGGCCUACACCUACAGCGGCCUGGGUGUCUACUACAUGGGCGUCUGCCUGGCUGCCUUUUCCGUGACAUUGAUCCUCAAUUUAGCCCUGCUGGGCAUGGUCCGCAGCCACCUGAAGAGGACGGAGUGCGCCGUCAACGAGUUCUUCCGCACAGAGGGUACUGAAAAACUCCAGCGGGCCCUGGAGAUAGCCCGCCACAUCCCCAUCAUCACUUCGGCCAAGACGCAAGAGCUGGCCAAGGUGACACAGUACAAGACCAAGGAAUUCGCGCGACACAUGGAGGAGCUGGCGCGCAGCGUCCCUUUACCCCCGCUCUUACUCAACUGUCGCACCGGAGCCGAGGGGGAGGCCAACGCCGAGCCUACGGUGAGGGGGAGAGAGGUGUCCGACAGCGGUGCGGUUGCGGGACUGAUGGCGGGGGAGGAACCAAAAAGCCAGGAAGCCCACGUGCAGGUGUGA